AUGACGUCACAUGUUCAAGAGUUAUUCCAUGAAAAUGCUCAGGGAUCCCAGAUGAACGCUCAGCCAUGGUGGAAGCUGAAGCUGUUUGUGUGGGAGCCCGUCCUGUUUGGUACCUGGGAUGGUGUCUUCACCACCUGCAUGAUUAACAUUUUUGGAGUCGUUCUGUUUCUCCGUACCGGUUGGCUUGUAGGUAACACUGGGGUGUUACUGGGCAUGCUCCUGGUAUCCCUGGUGGUACUCGUUGCCCUGGUGACUGUGAUGUCCGGUAUCGGGGUGUGUGAGCGGUGUACCGUAGGCAGUGGAGGCGUUUACUCCAUGAUCUCCAUGGUUCUUGGUGGAAGGAUUGGAGGCACCGUAGGACUUCUCUAUGUGUUCGGGCAGUGUGUGGCCGGAGCCAUGUACAUCACUGGCUUUGCGGAGUCCAUAGCUGAGGUGCUGGCGGUACAGAGCGUUUGGGCGGUCAGAGGGAUCUCUGUGGCCGUCCUUCUCGCCCUCCUGGGGAUCAACCUGGCUGGAGUAAAGUGGAUCAUCCGACUGCAGCUGGUUUUGCUUGCCAUCUUGGCUGUGUCCACGCUGGAUUUUGUAAUUGGAACUUUUAGCCAUUUGGAUCCAGAACAUGGAUUUGUUGGCUAUUCAGCAGGGCUCCUGAGCAACAAUACUCUACCAGAUUACACAGAUAAAGAAACGUUUUUCACUGUGUUUGGGGUUUUCUUUCCAGCUGCUACAGGUGUAAUGGCAGGCUUCAACAUGAGUUCAGAUCUUGAUAAACCUGAGCACAACAUCCCUGUGGGGACGCUGGCAGCACUUUUUACUUCGUGGUUUUUGUAUCUUGUGUUUGUGUUCUUGCUGGGAUCCAUCUGUACCAGAGAUGCUCUGCACUUUGAUUUCUUAAUAGCAGAAAAGGUCUCCUUGGUGGGUUUCCUUUUCCUGUUGGGCCUGUAUGUCUCCUCCCUGGCCUCUUGCAUGGGUGGCCUGUACGGAGCUCCCAGAGUCCUGCAGUGCAUCGCCCAAGAGAGAGUAAUCCCGGCUCUGGCUUUGCUAGGACAUGGGAAAGGUCCCAAUAAAACCCCUGUGGCAGCAAUUUGUCUAACAAGCCUGAUCUCCAUGGCCUUCAUUUUCUUUGGCCAGGUCAACGUUCUGGCUCCCAUCGUCACCAUCAACUUCAUGCUGACCUACAGUUUCAUCGAUUACUCCUACUUUAGUGUCGCCAUGAGCUACAAGCUUCAAGUUAAGGAAAGAAAACCUCUGAUUGAAAAAUCCUGCCCAAGAAAACCGCUGGUUACAACUACUCAUCCGUGUUAUGGCAGCGGUGGUGCUUUGAUCAACGGCACUCUGCUGGAGUUCACUAAAGACAUGGAUCAGAUAUUUCCACCGCCCAGCACAGACGGUACAGAGGAAGAGAAACCGUUCAAUCCCAGUGCCAAAGUCUGGGGCAGGAAGGUAAAAGUUCCUGCUAAAGAAACAUUGAGCAGCAGUUUCGGGUUGGAUUUAAACAGCAACAGUCCGUCAGAAAAAACUAAGGACGAGCAGGAGCUGGAACAAAGCUCAGGCCUAGACGAUGAGACCUGCAGUCAAUCUGGGCUCAUGGAGUCUGAGCUUGGGGGCGAGAGGAAGCUGCACCUUCCUACUCAGGUUUCUCUAGAACUUAAUCAGCUUCCGUUGGAGGCAUCAAACAAAAAUGAUUCAAAAUCAAAGCUGGAGGAAACUGAUAUCCGACCAAUCCCAGAUUCAUGUUAUGCCACGUUUUGCAACCACUGGGUCUCUUUAAUAGGUGCUUUGUGCUCCAUUAUGAUCAUGUUUGUCAUCCAGUGGGUGUACGCCUUGGUGAAUAUUAGUGUCGCCCUUGUCCUUUUCCUCUACAUAGGGAACACAAGCCCAGGGCUCCCGACAGGUGCAGCAGCACGCUUCAGCUUUUUCCAAUGGAUAAAGAGCUCUCUGAGUAGUUUAUAUAGAAAACGGGUGCUUCAGGACCAGAUUGUGGUGACACCGUCUUUGUCAAGUGUCGGCAUGGAGACCAAACAGUUAACCGAGGAAAAUGCUGACUUUGCUCUCCGAGACCGCUACCACCACUCGUCCAUCAUCACCACUACUGAAGAGCUGGUCAAUCCUCAGCAUCGCCGAUGAGCCUCAUCCUCCUCAUCUCAGUCUGGGACUGAAGUGAACUUCAUAAAUCCUUAUGAAACAGGAGAGCUGAUUCAGGAUGAGGUUCCACUUCUCAUCAGGCAGAAGUCAUGUUAAAAAUUUAUGAUGUUAUUUAAUAAAAUGAAAUAAUUUCCUGAUUCACUGUCAGUCGUCCUGUGUUAAGGAAACGGAGAGAUGUGGCUUCUAAAUAAAGAAUGACCAAGCUUGUGAUGAGGGGAGGAUGUGUGGUUGUUUACAACUUGGUGUGUUUGCUUUUUUGUUGACAGAAAUGUACUUUCCUGGAAAAUUAGAAAUACAUGCAGGACAUAUUAACAAGUACAUUAGUACAGUACUGUACAGAAACACCACUGGGUCUGUAAUGGUGUAAAUGGUGAUUGUACAUUGUGGACAAUAAAGCUAAUUAUUUCUCACA